AUGACUUCCCACAUUAAAAUUCCAUCUCAUCUAACUCCCUCUGACCCUCAAGGGUCAGAGUUAUUAGCGAGAGAAAGAUCCAAAGCAACAUUUGAUGUUAAAGAAUUAACAUUGGUAUUGUUAGGAUCCGAAGAGUUAUCUAAACUAAAAAAGGUUUUAUCCAUUUUGGAGAACGAUCCUACGCUUGAUAAAAGCAAUAUUUAUUAUAUGGGAAGAGCUGAUUUGUUUAAAUAUGCUUUAAGAAAAGAUAAAAGAAUGGUUCAAUUGGCUGCAACUAAUAAGUGGAGUGUAGAGGAAUUUCAAUAUGGUGUUCAUCAGAGUAUGUUCAUUCCAACCAUAUUGGGUCAGGGAAACGAAGAACAAAAAAUCAAAUUUCUUAAACCAGCGAUGAAACAUGAAAUCAUUGGAUGUUAUGCACAAACUGAGUUAGGUCAUGGAUCAAAUGUUCAAGGGUUAGAAACUACUGCCACUUAUAUUCCUGAAACGGACGAGUUUGAAAUACAUUCUCCUCAUUUAACUGCUACCAAAUGGUGGGCCGGUGGACUGGGAAGAACCGC